AUGAAGGCUAAUGGAAUCCCAACAGCAUCUUUCGACAUCUUGCUUGGAGAACACUUUCCAGGAAAACAGGAUGCGAUGAACUUGUUAACGGAAGCAGGGUUCGCGCUAGUCCUCCUUACCAUAUUGAAUGCCAAGAUGGACAACUUCUGGUGCAUGAUUGGAUUGGUUUGUUCCUCAUGGGUGACCAUAAGCAAAGGCACCCACUGCCGAGAGCCAUGGGCACCGCUUGGCAUGACACAGCACCAGUUUGUUGCGGAUGGAAACGCCCUGACUUCAAGGGCAUGCCUCCUCAUCCUGGCCAUCUCUGCUAUGGGAGGAGGAUGGCUUUUGGAACAGCCAUCAACCAGUUGCGUAGAGUGGCACCCUCGUGUAAGAUUGCUUUGGCGGUUGCUGCCCGAGGUUGGACUAUGUGCUUUGGGGUCCAAUGAGGCAACUCCAGAAGAACUUGCUGGUGGCACCAAACCAGCUCCCAAGACUGCUCCCAAGGCUUCUGCCAAAGCCAAACCCAAACCGAAGGCAAAAGGCAAGAACGCCACAGAGAGCUCUGAGAAACAUGAUCGGAGCCCAGUGAAGCCAGACCAGCCAUCCCCAAAUCCAGUCCCACCCAAAAGGAUGCGGGGGAAGCAACCAGAAGACCAAGCCAAGGAGAUUGAAGAACUUCGCAAGGCGAAUGAGCGGAUGAAUGAGGAGUUGGCCAAGAUGCGUGAGGCCAUGAUGGAUCGGAGGUCAAGUUCCAGUUCGAAGACUGCUUAUGCGACCCCACCACCCAAGUUGCCAGCUCCCUCGCCCGACGGAAAAAAGAAGCCGCCUCCUCCUGAGGUUGCGGAACCAGCGUCGGCGCCACCUCCGCCGACCGAAGGUGCUCGUUUGAACCGCUUGCGGAGAUUGUGUGAACGCAAGCCGAGCGGCAAACUUUUGGUUCCUGAGUCCAUACACCAAAAGUGGAAGAAUGGUGGUAAGGAUCGAGAAGCACUACUUGAUGAGCUGGAACGGGCUGAUUGGUCAAAGGACUUGUUCAUCAGCCGGAUCACCAAAACACUUUCCAAGACAAACAAGCUCAGCCGGCGCAAGAAGCGAGGAUGGUUUACGAAGGAAGCCAUGUCGAGGGUCUUGAACUGGAGUGCGUCCCCGGGCCAAAAGUAUGUUGACCGCUACAACCCCAAGCUGAAGAAGUAUUAUGUAGUCUACGAAGAAGGCGAUGAAGAACUCUCUGAAGACGAAGAACGCCUAGACCAGAUGGACACUGAGGUUGCUGAGAACGAAGUGGAGUUCCGCCGUGUCGGCACCGUCCGUGUUCAAUCUGACGAUGAAGGCAAUGAUUCAGAGUCGGAGAAGAAGGAGUAUGAGAAGUUUGCCCGCUUCACAGACAGUCUUCUAGCACGAUCAUCGAAGCUUACGGAUCUGGCCCAGUGCGUGCAGAACUUGGAAGCUGCCGUUGAGACCCUGGAGCAGCAGUAUGAGAAGUGCGAGCUGGUGAAGCUGGAUGUUUCCGAGUUGCACACCGAGAAGGACUUAGAGCCUGCGACCGUGAAAGAGCUCCGGAAGAAGAUCGAUGCCCAAAUCCGCGUGACCACUGCAGCGCAAGUUGGGGUCAAGCCGCGGGCCGAGGUGCAGCAAGGUGGCAAUCCGGACAUCGUCCUUCGGCAUUGCGCCCGCCUCAUCGCCAAUGGCGCCGGGGAACCCCAGCUCCUUGCAAGCACCUCGUUGAACUUGCCAGAGCGGAGGGCAUUUGUCACCUAUGCCUGGGUGGACGUGAAGCUGAUCCAUCACGUGGUGUGGCAGCAGUGCCCUUUGAAGACUUGUCUCAGCAGUGUUCCCAACGGAAGUAUGGAGGCUGAGGGAGCGCGAGCUCUGAACAUCGCUAUUGCAGUGAUGUACCAGUCUGGAUUUUGGAUCCGGGCUGACAAAGGCUUGAGGUUGUCAAGGUUGAUCUUUUCAUUCCUGGCCCUCUAUGCAACUUGUGCCCGGGUCACUCUGGUCCAAAGGAAACGUCGUUUUUUCCAUCAUUCCCAAGUUGCAUAUGAUGGCCCAUAG